GGGGAGAUACCACAACCGGUGAUGACUUCCAUUCAGCAGAUGCACAAUGCUAAAUCAUUUUUAAAUGGAUUCAAUCCAAACCAUGUGGAGAUGAAUGACAAUCCCUCAAACAUUGAUAAUGUGAUGGCGACUCACACCCAGAAUCUUGAUGAGUCACUUCCGAACUUAUCACAAACUGUUGUGAGUAAUAUAUUAGAGAUGGAGGAAACGUAUUCGAAGAAUAUGGGAUCUCCACAUAGUUCAAUCAAUCAGAACAGUUCGGAUGAUGACAUUGAGAGACGUAAAAGAAAAAAAGGGAGAGUGAAGAAAAGAUAAUGAAGAAGGCGAAGAAGUCUGAAAAGUCUAGUUCGAAGUCGCCAUCUAGAAGGAGGCACAAGAUGAAACAUGAAAAAAGGGAUAUCGACAAGUCGAUAAAAGUGAGAGAGAUGGAAGUCAUAGCAGGACCUUCUACAUCACUCCAACAGGUUCCUGAAUACGAGGAUGUUAGUCAGGGAAGCACACCGCCCCCAACGAUUGACUUCGAGAAAUCACACGAUUGGUUUUCAUUUAUGAGAUCCAGGAGAGACAAAUUUUUAGAGAUGUAUCACGUUCACAAUGGAUUCGAAACGGAAUAUAGAAGCAUUGAUUAUGAAAGGUCGUCAAUGCCACAGUUCAAAAAAUUCUACAUCCUAUAUUGA